GCGGGAUGUGGUGGCGGUCCGGGACGCUGCCUCGCUGCCUGGGACGACACCAUGCACCCGGCCGUGGCGGUGGGGCUGGUGUUCGGCGGCUGCUGCAGCAAUGUGGUGUUCCUGGAGCUGCUGGUCAGGCAGUUUCCAGGAUGUGGGAACAUAGUGACAUUUUUCCAGUUCCUCUUUAUCGCGGUGGAAGGCUUUAUCUUCGAAGUCAACUUUGGGAGGAAGAAGCCAGCCAUACCACUAAGGUACUAUUUCAUCAUGGUGGCCAUGUUCUUCACCGUCAGUGUAGUGAAUAACUAUGCCCUGAACUUAAACAUCGCCAUGCCGCUGCACAUGAUCUUCAGAUCAGGCUCUCUCAUAGCAAGCAUGGCUCUGGGAAUCAUAAUUUUGAAGAAAAGAUACAGCAUCUUGAAAUACACAUCCAUAGCCCUGGUGUCCUUGGGGAUCUUUACUUGCACUUUCAUGUCUGCAAAACAAGUGGCAUCUGACUCUGGUUUAAAUGAAGAGGAUGGAUUCCAGGCUUUCUUGUGGUGGCUGCUAGGUAUUGCUGCGCUCACCUUUGCCCUCCUCAUGUCUGCCAGGAUGGGCAUUUUCCAGGAGACACUCUACAAGCAGUUUGGGAAGCACUCCAAAGAGGCCCUUUUUUACAAUCAUGCAUUACCACUCCCUGGCUUUCUCCUCCUUGCCCCAGACAUCUACCACCAUGCAGUCCUCUUCAGCCAGUCUGAGCCAUUCCAGGUGCCAGUGCUCGGGCUGACCAUGCCAAUCAUGUGGUUCUACCUCUUCAUGAACGUCAUCACGCAAUACGUCUGCAUCCGAGGCGUCUUCAUCCUCACCACGGAGUGCACCUCCCUGACGGUCACGCUGGUGGUGACGCUGCGCAAGUUCAUCAGCCUCAUCUUCUCCAUCCUCUACUUCCACAACCCCUUCACGGUCUGGCACUGGCUGGGCACCUCCUUCGUCUUCGUGGGGACUCUGAUGUACACCGAGGUGUGGAACAGCCUGGGGCCCGGCCUGGCACGCUGGCGGGAGAUGCCGAAGAAGGAGUAACGUCCCGCCGUGGGCUCUCUGCAGGGACCUUUGCCUUGUUUGUAGAGCAGAGCAUCAGGGAAUGCCCCCGAGGGGGUUGUUUUAUAACAUGGGGAGGAGGUGUUGGCUGUGCCAAGCUCCUCUGGGAACCUCCCUGACAUGGAGCGUGGAGACGGUGCAGUUAUUUUUGCCACGGUUGCAUUUUUUAUGCAGCUCCUUUUGCUUCCAACCUUUCCCCCUGAUGAUUAUUUGUUGUUCCUUUCAUGAAUGUAGAAGCUGACCCCAUUCUCUGAUAGAACCCCAGCCUUGCUGUGGUGCUGUGGCACACUCCUCCUGGCUUCAAGGAGCUGGAUCUUGAGCCUGUUUGCUGCUGUCCUUUCAUGUCGAGGUGGCCGUAGUGGCGCCUCAGGGGGUUGCUGUUCGUGCAACAGGUUGUGAGUUACGCUGGAAAUGCCAAGCCUGGCUGCUAGCCCAAGCCCUUGUUGCCCCACUCUACCACCCAUGCUGGGUACAUCUCUAGCUAGAACCUUCCAGUCUGCCCAGUAGAUCCUCCAGUGGCUCAGGGGGCUGAUCCUCAAGCCAUGAGACCCCAUCACUAGUAGCAGGACCUAGUUGGGAGCCUGAGGAAACCAAGAAGAGGUGAUGCUAAGGGGACAGAAAGUGCCACUGUGUCACCUUUGCACCCUUCUCAGGGAGAUAGUGGAGUGCUGUUGAGGCUUCACUGUGUCCUCAGAUGUUGCCCUAAUACUUCAGCAGCUCGAAGGUAUCAUGGGUUCCUCCUGCUCUGAUUAGGUCCUCGGUGCAGGUUGCUUUUCAGUUGCUUCCUUAAUUUUUCCCUCAUCACAAACAUGUUCAGAGGGCUUUGUUACCAACAGUCACCUGCAAUGUGUCCAUGGUGACCCCAGAGCCAGCCCAACCUCAGGAUUCACAUUGUGCCAAGGGCCAGUUCACCUGAACUUUCUUGGCCUUAUCCUUCCUCAACUUCACCAUCUUUCUUGUUCUUC